UUCCUCUGAAUUUCUUCUAGCAUGACAUAAUUUCUGAUGAAGAUUCGCAGUUUCUUGACGAAUUCGAUCUAAAUCUAAACAAAGUUGUUGAUACUCUUGCAAAGACGCUCAACUACUGCUGGAUAAUAAUUGAAAAGCAGUUGCACGAAGAUUUGCGGAUAACAAAUAAGAUAAAUAAAGAGAAAAAAAAACGAGAUAAUGACACAGGAGUUAUUACACAGUUUGCCAGAAACGCCUUUUAAACAUAAGCCCGAAAUACGUAAUGAAUUAAUAACAGACUUGAAAAGAGCGAUAAUUAAUGAUAAAUACUUGCAACAAUCUGAAAUUGAGGAAAAGGUCGAUGCUCUUUGUAAAUGGAUGUGUACAACACCUAAAAAAAGCAUUUAUAGAUUAGAUCGUUUUACAAAUUGCUAUACAAAUGAUUUGGACAGUUUAUAUAAAGCAUUGAAACAGGAUGACAAACCAAAUCCAUGUAUUCACUUCUUACCGGAUCUUUCAAAUGGAAUAGUUGCAGUCGAUAGUUGGGAUUUAUCAGUAUCUCUUGAUUUAAAGAGAUAUCCAGAUGAAAUUAUCGUUGAUGCUAUAUGUGGUGCCGCUGUAUUAAGGGGAUCUCAUGUUUAUGCGCCUGGUGUUAUUGGAAUGCCACAUGGUUUAAGUAUUAAUAGUAAAAUCAGUGUAUUUGCUGAUGUUACUGGUCAAUGUAAGAAAGGUUUGAUUAAACCAUAUGCAAAUAGCAAUAAGAUAUAUUUAGGUAAUGGCGUUCUUCGACAAACAAGGAAAGAAUUAUUUUGUGAAGCAGCUAAAAAUCCACGUGGUGUUGCAAUAAUUAUGACUGAUGUAAUUUCACGAAUUCCACAAUUGAAUGUAAAUAAUGAAUCUUUGAGACCACAUGCAUUAUUACAAAAUUUGCCCUCUAUUGUGUGUAGUCUGGUUUUAAAUCCCCAACCAGAUGAAACUAUCCUGGAUAUGUGUGCUGCACCUGGUAACAAAACCACACAUAUUUCUCUACUUAUGAAAGGACAGGGUACAAUAAUAGCUCUGGACAAAAAUCCAGGUAAAGUGAUACGAUUUAAGGAGAAGUGUAAUGACAAAAACAUUAAAAUAUUUUGUUACGACGCUACAAAGGCUGUCAUCGAACGAGAGCACACUUUUGUUCAUUCCGAUGGACCUCCAUUCGAAGAAAAUUAUUUCGAUCGUAUUCUCUUAGAUACUCCAUGCAGCGCGUUAGGUCAAAGACCGCAAUUAUAUAAUACAAUCACAUCGGCACAACUUCGUUCUUACGUUCCCUUGCAGCGAAAUCUCCUUUCUACUGCCGUACGUCUUUUGAAACCAAAAGGGACAUUGGUGUAUAGUACAUGUACUGUCACAAUAGCAGAGAACGAAGGUAUUAUCGCUUGGGCAUUGAAACAAUUUCCAAAGUUGCAAUUGCAGUCUGUUAAUGAUCAAAUACAAACAGACAAAUAUGGCACUCGAGGAUACAUCAUAGACGGUUUAACGAAUGAAAAUGCGAAAAACGUCUGUAGAUUUGGUCUUGAAAGUGAUUCUAUUGGAUUUUUUAUCGCAUGUUUGAAAAAAUGUUCCUGAGGUGUAAAAUCUAUCAAUCGAUUGUGUACUACAAUAAUAUUUUACUUUAAUAAAAAGUAAUCUUUACUGAUUCAAUAAAUUUAUAAAUUCCUGUCUAUGGAA